AAAGGACACCAUUGGUUAUAACAAACUACAUAUGUAAUGAUAAUAGUUCCCAAUAAUUAUUAUGCCCAGCAACUCCACUAUCUCUCAUUUCUCUCUCUCUCUCUCUGCUCAAUACAAAAAACUUCUGCCUUAUUAUGCUCAUCUCUGUGGGGAAAGUUUGACUUAAUUGGCUCAAUGAAAUAUGCUCACAUGUGGGGUUCUGUUUAAUGCUUUUGCUUCAUCAUUUUUUUUGACAAAAUAGUAAGUAAACACCCAAUUUCAAUCUUCAGCUACUCUAGUCUGUGAUGGCUCGGCUGUUUGCAAAUGGGUUUUGUCAGUUUCUGGUGUUUCGCAGAUGGAUUUGUUAGUUUGAAUUAGGAGUUUGUAUAUUUGUGGAAGAAAUCAGUUGUGAUUUGCACAAAAAGCUGAGAAAUUAGGGGGUUUGCAAGUUCAUCAUGAGCAAAUUUUCAAUUUGGUAUUUUGUACUGGUUGUAUUCUGCAAUGGGUUGGUCUCAAGUGGGGUUACUACUAAUUCCAACAUCACCAUACCAAGUGUGAUCCAUGUUGGGGCCAUUUUAUCUUUCGAGUCUCUUGUUAGCAAAGUUGCUAAAGUGGCAAUAGAUGCUGCAAUUGAGGAUGUAAACUCAGAUCCAACCAUUCUAGGUGGAGCUAAACUGCAGAUUGUGAAGCAGGAUACUAAUUACAGUGGAUUUUUAGGCAUUGUUGAGGCCUUAAAAUUUAUGGAGCAAGACACAGUUGCUAUAAUUGGUCCUCAAGGAGCUGAAAUAGCUCAUGUGAUAUCCCAUAUUGCAAAUGAGCUCCAAACUCCUCUAUUGUCAUUUUCAGUAUCAGACCCUACUCUUUCUCCACUUCAGUUCCCGUUCUUUGUUAGAGCUAUACAGAGCGAUCUGUUUCAAAUGGCUGCUAUAGCUGAUAUGGUUGAGUACUAUGAAUGGAGAGAGGUGAUUGCAAUCUAUGUUGAUGACGAGCAUGGGAGAAAUGGGAUAACUGCAUUAGGGGACCAACUCGCGGAGAAGCGUUGCAAGAUCUCUUACAAAGCGCCUCUUAAGAUUUUUCCAAGCAAGGAUGACAUAACAGAUUUAUUGGUUAAAGUGGCUUUAACCGAGUCUCGCAUAAUUGUGCUUCAUGUUUACUCUGCCUAUGGUUUGAAAUUUUUUGAAACAGCCAAGACUCUUGGUAUGAUGGGAACUGGUUAUGUUUGGAUUGCUACUAAUUGGCUGGCCACUAUAUUGGAUUCCAAUCCAUCUUUUGCAUUAAAUGAAAGGAAUUACAUAGAUGGAACUCUUACAUUGCGUGCGCAUAUACCAGAUUCAAAACAAAAGCGAAACUUUUAUUCUAGGUGGAGUAACUUGACAAGUACAGCGCCACCUAAGGACCGUCUUGAGUUGAACACUUAUGCUCUGUAUGCCUAUGACUCUGUCUGGUUGCUUGCCCGUGGACUUGAAAUUUUUUUCAAGAAAGGGGGGAAGAUAACAUUUUCAAAUGAUUCAAGGUUACAGCAGCUCGACAGUGAUGAUUUGAAUCUUGAUUCUAUGAGCAUCUUUGAUGAAGGAGACAAGUUACUUGAGAGCAUAUUAGAGGUAAACAUGACAGGCCUGACUGGCCCUUAUGCAUUUGAUGCAGAGAGGAACCUCAUCAAGCCUGCAUAUGAUAUUCUCAAUGUGGUUGGCACCGGGACAAGGAAGAUUGGUUAUUGGACUAAUUACUCCGGACUAUCAGUUGUGUCUCCAGAAAUUACAUACAUGAAGCCAGCAAAUCGUUCCAUUUCAAACCAAAAGCUCUAUGAUGCAAUUUGGCCAGGACAAACUUCACAGCGGCCUAGAGGGUGGGUUUUUCCAAACAAUGGACGACAUUUGAGAAUUGGAGUCCCAAAUAGAGUGAGCUAUCGUGAAUUCGAGGCUCAAAUUAGAGGCACGGAAAUGUUCACUGGAUACUGCAUUGAUGUCUUCACUUCUGCACUCAAUUUGCUGCCAUAUGCUGUCCCCUAUAAGUUGAUACCUUUUGGGGAUGGUGUUACGAAUCCAAAUCCCACUGAACUUGUACGAAUGAUCACCGCAGGAGUAUAUGAUGCUGCAAUAGGUGACAUUGCAAUAAUCACCAAUAGAACAAGGAUGGCUGACUUCACACAGCCAUAUAUUGAGUCUGGAUUAGUAGUGGUAGCACCUGUGAGGAAGAUGAAUUCAAAUGCAUGGGCAUUUUUGAAGCCAUUCACUAAAGAGAUGUGGAUGAUCACUGCUUUGUUUUUUAUCAUUAUCGGAGCCGUUGUUUGGAUUUUGGAGCACAGGCUGAAUGAUGAUUUUCGAGGCCCUCCUAGAAAACAACUGGUGACUAUUCUUUGGUUCAGCUUUUCAACUCUGUUCUUUUCCCACAGAGAAAAUACAGUGAGCACACUCGGACGCCUAGUACUAAUUAUAUGGUUAUUUGUUGUUCUGAUAAUAAACUCAAGCUACACAGCAAGUUUGACCUCAAUCCUCACAGUGCAACAACUUGCUUCUCCCAUCAAAGGAAUUGAAUCCUUAAUUACAAGUGAUGAUCCCAUUGGGUACCAACAAGGUUCAUUUGCUAAGAAUUAUUUGAUGGACGAAUACAACAUUAAAGAGUCAAGACUUAUUCCUCUCAACUCCCAAGAUGAUUAUGCCAGAGCCCUGCACGAGGGUCCUGGUAAGGGUGGCGUUGCUGCUCUUGUCGAUGAGCGCGCAUACAUAGAGGUCUUCCUCUCAACUCACUGCGAAUACAGCAUUGUUGGUCAAGAAUUCACCAAGGCUGGCUGGGGAUUUGCUUUUCCACGAGACUCGCCCUUGGCGAUUGACAUGUCAACGGCCAUUUUGAAACUUUCGGAAAAUGGGGAUCUUCAGAGGAUCCAUGACAAGUGGCUCACAAGAAGUGCCUGCACUUCGCAAGGCACAAAGUUUGAAGUAGACCGUCUACAACUCAAAAGCUUUUGGGGUCUUUUUAUGAUAUGCGGGUUAGCUUGCUUUCUGGCUCUCUUGAUAUAUUUCAUUCAGAUGAUGCACCAGUUCAGCAAGCACAAGGUCGAGGAGCUACAGGCUUCAGGUAGAAGCCUGCAAUCGCGUACUGUUCAAACGUUUCUUUCAUUUGUUGACCAGAAGGAAGAUGAAUCGAAAAGCCAAGGCCGAUCAUCUAAAAGAAGGAGCUCUGAAAUCGCCUCUUCGAAUAGAAUCAACGGCAGUCAAGAUGAUGCUUCGAUAACCGGUUCCAAGCAAACAUAUGUUGAAUCGUCAAGUAGGGGUGUUGACAAUGCCUGAUAUAUACACAAUCUUGUUUUGACAUAAAAAAGAAAGAAAGAUAUAUUUUGUUUUCUUUUAGAGUAAUUGUAAUUAUUGGUUGCUUUCCUAAAGGGGCACAGACUAUUAUGGAAUGUAAUGGAAACUGUACCAGUGCUUCUUACUGUCAA